UCACGAUGCGCGGCGGGCAGGGCGCGGCGCGGGCCCUGGUGCUCCAGUUCACCAACUGCCGCAUCCUGCGAGGCGGGGCGCUGCUCAGGGAGGAUCUGUGGGUGCGCGGGGGCCGCAUUCUGGACCCGGAGAAGCUGUUCUUUGAGGAGCGGCGCGUGGCUGACGAGCAGCGGGACUGCGGGGGCUGCAUCCUGGCGCCCGGCUUCAUAGACGUGCAGAUCAACGGUGGCUUUGGCGUUGACUUCUCUCAGGCCACGGAGGACGUGGGUUCAGGAGUCGCCCUGGUGGCCCGGAGAAUCCUGUCUCACGGAGUCACCUCCUUCUGUCCCACUUUGGUCACUUCGCCACCGGAGGUUUAUCACAAGGUCCUUCCUCAGAUCCCCGUGAAGAGUGGUGGUCCCCAUGGGGCAGGGGUCCUCGGGGUGCACCUGGAGGGCCCAUUCAUCAGCCGGGAAAAGCGAGGCGCACACCCUGAGGCCCACCUGCGCUCCUUUGAGGCCAGCGCUUUCCAAGACUUGCUGGCCACCUAUGGGUCGCUUGACAACGUCCGCAUUGUGACGCUGGCCCCCGAACUGGACCGCAGUCACGAGGUGAUCCAGGCGCUGACAGCCCUUGGAAUAUGCGUGUCCCUCGGACACUCAGUGGCUGACCUGGGGGCUGCAGAGGAAGCCGUGCGGAGUGGGGCCACCUUCAUCACCCAUCUCUUCAACGCCAUGCUGCCCUUCCACCACCGUGACCCUGGCAUCGUGGGGCUCCUAACCAGUGACCAGCUGCCCCCGGGCCGCCACAUCUUUUAUGGGAUGAUUGCCGACGGCAUGCACACCAACCCCGCCGCCCUGCGCAUCGCCUACCGGGCCCAUCCCCAGGGGCUGGUGCUGGUCACUGACGCCGUCCCUGCUCUGGGCUUGGGCAAUGGCCGACACACACUGGGGCAGCAGGAGGUGGAGGUGGAUGGGCUGACAGCCUAUGUGGCAGGCACUAAGACACUAAGCGGCAGCAUCGCCCCGAUGGACGUGUGCGUGCGACAUUUCCUACAGGCCACAGGCUGCAGCGUGGAGGCUGCCCUGGAGGCGGCGUCCUUGCACCCCGCACAACUGCUGGGGCUGGAGAAGCAUAAGGGGACCCUGGACUUCGGGGCCGAUGCAGACUUCGUGGUGCUCGAUGACUCUCUCCACGUCCUGGCCACCUACAUCUCCGGCGAGUUGGUAUGGCAGGCAGAGGAGACCCGGCAGUGACCGAGGACCACGGCUGGAGAGGAUGCCCAGCCCCAGCUGGACACUGUCAGGCUGGGCCGUCGAGGAGCUGGUCUCAAGAAAGUGAGGGGGGCCCUGCCCCAGGUGGAGGCCUUAGCCCCUUGGAUAAAGGUGUGCUUUGCCGGGA